CGUCUGGAUGAAUAUUUGGCAAGCCGAUUUGGGAACAAUUGGUGGAAAACCGUUGCGACUAUCGACAAAAUCAACCGGCAACUUAGAGGAUUAAUGAUACGCGACCACACCAACGGUAACAACAUCACAGACUGGGACUGCAUCACCUACAAGUCAGCACAGAAGCUACUGGUUCAACCCGGCGAAACAGUAGCACAACAUUGGCAACUGAAAGGGCUACCAAUUCGGGAACCACACCUCCCUGUACUUCGACAAUUUGGUGGCAUCCGUGGAACAUCACGUCAAUCUCGCCAACGUCAACGUCUAGGUUUUAUCCCUUGGCAAAUGGGAUAUGACCACAAAAGUUACUUCCCCCUGCAAAACUUGGAAAUUGUAAUGCCCACGCCAUCGUCAAAACCUAACGAAAAUCGUCAAGAAGAGCAACAACCUCGUCAAAUUCAUGUAAUCACCGAAGCAACGCGUCAACAAAUCAUCACCAAACUUGACAAGACAAGAGACGAAAUCAACGACGUAAUCAAACUUGUUCAACAACUUGCACCUUCUGAGCAACCUUCAACCUCUUGGAGUUGGAAUGGAGGAAAGCAGUAA